AGAGAGAGAGAGAGAGAGAGAGAGAGAGAUGAUAAUGAUGGGAAAGGUAUGUGCCAUUCUAUUGCUAUGCUUAGUGGUCAUAGCCAUGCCAAUGGUUCAGGGCAUUGACGAAAGCCCACAGGCUGUGGCAGAGUGGUUCGAACAUCUGCCGAAAAUGGAGGAAAAGGUGACAAAGCUUCACUUCUAUUUCUAUGACCAAUUGAGCGGCAAAAACGCGACUGCUGUGACGGUGGCUCAAGCCAACACUACCUUCCAAUCACCCUCCCUGUUUGGGUUAGUUUUCGUGAUCGACAAUGCAUUAAAAACUGGACCAGAGCCUGACUCAACAACAGUGGGCCGAGCCCAGGGGAUGUAUGCAUCAGGUGGGUUGAAGGAACCAGUUGCGGUCAUGACCUUAGACUUUGUUUUUACCAGUGGAGAGUAUAACGGUAGCACUCUUAGUAUGUCGGGCAGAAACCCAAUCCUUGAUCCGUACCGUGAAAUGCCCAUAGUCCGAGGAUCCAGUGUUUUCCGGCUAGCGCGUGGAAUCGCCACUGCAAAGACUUAUCUGUUCAAUACCACUACCGGCGAUGCUAUAGUCGAGUAUAAUGUAAUUGUCCUUCAUUAUUAAGUGAUUUUUUGGGGAUAAAAAUAAGUGCUAUUAGUUGUGUCGA